UGCAACAACAGUUUGCAGAAACUAUCAAGUCAAAUAAUCCCCCCUUUAAUUCCCUCCCAAAAUGCAGUUCUUCAACUUCUUUUCCCUUUUCCUUUUUGUGUCAUUCCUCUUUUUAUUUAAGAAAUGGAAGAAUUCCAAUAGCCAAACCAAAAGAUUGCCUCCAGGUCCAUGGAAAUUACCUAUUCUUGGAAGCAUGCUUCAUAUGCUAGGUGGACUUCCACAUCAUGUCCUUAGAGAUUUAGCCAAAAAAUAUGGACCAAUUAUGCACCUUCAACUAGGCGAAGUUUCUCUAGUUGUUAUUAGUUCUCCUGAGAUGGCAAAAGAAGUACUAAAAACUCAUGACCUCGCUUUUGCAAAUAGGCCUUUACUUGUAGCUGCCAAGAUUUUUUCUUAUAAUUGCAUGGACAUUGCCUUUUCUCCUUAUGGCAAUUACUGGAGACAAAUGCGUAAAAUUUGUCUCUUGGAAUUGCUCAGUGCCAAAAAUGUCAAGUCAUUCAACUCAAUUAGACAAGAUGAAGUUCAUCGUAUGAUUAAAUUUUUUCGAUCAUCUCCUGGUAAGCCAGUUAAUGUUACAAAAAGGAUUUCACUUUUCACAAACUCUAUGACAUGUAGAUCAGCAUUUGGACAAGAAUAUAAGGAGCAAGACGAAUUUGUACAACUAGUCAAAAAAGUGUCAAACUUAAUAGAAGGGUUUGAUGUGGCUGAUAUAUUCCCUUCACUGAAGUUUCUUCAUGUGCUCACUGGAAUGAAGGCUAAAGUUAUGAAUACACACAAUGAAUUAGAUGCCAUUCUUGAAAAUAUCAUCAAUGAGCACAAGAAGACUUCAAAAGGCGAUGGUGAAUCAGGAGGUGAAGGUAUAAUUGGUGUACUGCUAAGACUUAUGAAAGAGGGAGGCCUUCAAUUUCCAAUCACUAACGACAACAUCAAAGCUAUCAUUUCUGACAUCUUUGGUGGGGGAACAAAAACUUCAUCAACAACAAUUAAUUGGGCCAUGGUCGAAAUGAUGAAGAAUCCAAGUGUAUUUUCCAAAGCUCAAGUAGAGGUAAGAGAAAUCUUGAGAGGGAAAGAAACUUUUGAUGAAAUUGAUGUCGAGGAGUUCAAAUACCUAAAGAUGGUCAUUAAAGAAACUUUCAGACUCCAUCCUCCAGUACCUCUUUUGCUUCCAAGAGAAUGUAGAGAAGAAACGGACUUAAACGGCUACACUAUUCCAUUUAAAACAAAAGUCGUGGUUAAUGUUUGGGCAAUGGGAAGAGAUCCAAAAUAUUGGGAUGACGUAGAAGCUUUAAACCUGAGAGAUUUGAACACAACUCUAUGGAUUAUAUUGGUAAUAAUUAUGAAUAUCUUCCCUUUGGUAGUGGAAGGAGAAUUUGCCCUGGAAUAUCAUUUGGUUUAGCAAAUGUUUAUUUUCCACUAGCUCAAUUAUUGUAUCACUUUGACUGAAAACUCCCAACUGUAAUCAAUCCAAGUGAACUGGACUUGACUGAGGCGGCUGGAGCAGCUUGUGCCAGAAAGAAUGACCUACACGUGAUCGCAACUGCUUAUCAACAUUGUGAAGAGUGAUCUCAUGGCGUCAAACCUUUUCUUAAAAGAAGAAUCUUUGCAACUGAAUUUCGUUGGCAACCCCACCAUUGUACUUUCUUCCGUUG